UCAGGACAAUUGUAAAUAUACUUUAUAAAAUUAUCAAUGAAUAUUAAAGUUUUAUUUAUUUAUUUAUUAUGAUAGCUUGAAAAAAAAAAAAAAAAUUCUUCUUGUUUAAGGCCACCCCCUCAAAUAUCAAAUUCCAACUCACUGACAAAGACAAACUCAUUGUUUUUAUGAAGUUUAUAUAGAGAGAAGAGAGAGUGAGCUUUGUGUGAGCAAAAAAAAUACAGAGAAGAUGCAGAAGGCUUGGUUUUAUGAGAAGUAUGGUCCUAAGGAAGUCCUCAAGUUAGGAGACUACUUGUUUCCUACUCCCCAACCGACCCAACUACUCGUGCAAGUUAGAGCUGCUGCUUUGAAUCCUAUUGAUUCGAAGAUGCGCCAGAAGCCCGAUGUUCGUCUGGAUUUACCUGUGGUCCCUGGCUGUGAUAUGGCUGGAAUUGUGGUAGCAAAAGGCAGUGGCACUGAAAAUUUUGACAUAGGUGAUGAGGUGUAUGGCAACAUCCAAAAUUUCAACGCGGAUGGGAAAUUAAAGCAGCUCGGGACACUAGCAGAGUUCAUCGUAGUGGAGGAGAAUUUGGUGGCAGCGAAGCCAAAAAACCUUUCGUUUGAGGAGGCUGCAAGCUUGCCUUUAGCAGUUCAAACAGCAAGGGAAGGUUUCAAGACUGCAAGUUUCAAAGAGGGGCAGACAGUUUUCAUUGUUGGUGGAGCCGGUGGUGUUGGAACUUUGGCUGUUCAGCUGGCCAAGCAAUUCUAUGGAGCUUCUCAGGUUGUGGCAACAACUAGCACCCCAAAGGUGCAGUUUGUCAAGAGCUUGGGUGCUGAUAAAGUUGUUGACUACACAAAGACUAGAUAUGUAGAAGUAGAGGAGAAAUAUGAUUUCCUCUAUGAUACAAUUGGUGAUUCCAUGAAUUCCUACGUCGUGGCUAAGGAUGAUGCGCGGAUCAUUGACAUAACAUGGCCUCCAUCAAACCCUAGAGCAGUUUAUUCAGGCUUGACAGUUUCCGGGGAUACCUUAGAGGAGCUUAGGCCAUAUUUGGAGAGUGGAAAACUCAAGGCAGUGAUUGACCCUACCGGUCCAUACCAUUUUUGUGAUGCCAUUGAAGCUUUUCGACAUCUAGAAACCGGAAGAGCCAGAGGAAAGGUUGUCAUCUCUCACUUCCCUUCACAGCAGCCUCUUUGCCCUGUUUCCUGCAAUAUCAAGAAUGAUGUAACACCUAGUUUGGUUCCCCAGAAAUGUCCAUUUACCAAGUUAUGUACUGAAAAUGUGUAAAAUAUGAGUUUAGAACCUAGCCUUUAUGUAAAUGUAGUUAAAAUGUGUAAAAUAUGAGCUUAGAACUCAGCCUUUUGUAAAAUAUAUUACACAAGUUACUGUAAUUAUCUAAUAUAUUGUAUUACAGCUACAUGAUCUAUCAAAAGGUUUAUGGUAUUCAAGGUUCAUAUUUUGGUUAA